AAAACAGAAAAACAUUAGAGAGAAGGUAGAUUUUCCUUAGGUUAGGUUAAAAUCGUUUCAUUUUUAUUUGUUUUUUUAUUAUUUACUCUCGUAUUAUUUAAUUAAUAAUUAUAAUGGCAGAAAAAUUGAGAAGAUAUGAAAAAAUUGAUUUUUUGGGAGAAGGACAGUUUGCUACAGUAUACAAAGCAAAAGAUACUGAAACGGAUCAAAUAGUUGCAGUAAAAAAGAUAAAAGUAGCAAGCAGAGCUGAAGCUCGCGAUGGUAUAAACCGAACAGCAUUAAGAGAAAUAAAAUUACUUCAAGAUUUAAAGCAUGAUAAUAUUAUCGGCUUACUAGAUGUGUUUGGUUACAAGUCGAACGUGUCGUUGGUGUUCGACUUCAUGGACACCGAUUUAGAAAUAAUAAUAAAAGAUUCAAGUAUUGUAUUUACAAUAUCUCACAUAAAGUCUUAUAUGAUCCAAACUUUACAAGGACUAGAUUACUUACACUGCAACUGGAUUCUCCACCGUGAUUUGAAGCCCAAUAAUUUAUUAGUAAAUCAAAAGGGAGUUUUAAAGAUAGGUGAUUUUGGUCUGGCUAAAUUCUUCGGAUCUCCGAAUAGAAUAAACACUCACCAAGUUGUAACCAGGUGGUACCGAGCUCCUGAGCUGCUCUAUGGGGCAAGAUUGUAUGGAACUGGAGUUGAUAUGUGGGCAGUUGGUUGUAUUUUAGCUGAAUUAUUGUUGCGUAAUCCAUUUUUACCUGGAGAGUCUGAUUUAGAUCAAUUAACUAGAAUAUUUCAGACCCUAGGAACGCCUACAGAAGAAACUUGGCCAGGAAUGACUGAACUAACAGAUUUCAUCCAAUUCAAACCUUUUAUCGGAAUACCUUUCUCAGACAUUUUCACAGCAGUUAGUGCAGAUCUUCUAGAUUUAAUUUCCAGUUUAUUACGUAUCAACCCAAGCGAGAGAUGUACCUGCAGCCAGGCACUGCAAAUGCCCUUUUUCAGCAAUAAACCUUCACCAACUUCUGGGGACAAAUUACCACUGCCUAUAAGUGUCAGAAGACUUAAAGAAAACCGACCAAGUCUCAAGCGCAAAUUACUCGAAAAUAUCGAUGGAGGAACUCUAGCAAAGCGUUUACAAUUUUAAUCUCUUAUAAAUAAUUAU